GUCACAACCACAACUCCCACAUCAAUAACAGUUGAAUCAAGAUGGCGGCCGAGGGCGAGUACGAGUCCAUCCUGUGCGUGAAGCCCGAUGUCAACGUUUAUCGCAUCCCGCCGCGGGCUUCAAAUCGCUCGUACAGGGCAGCAGACUGGAAGCUGGAAAAUCCAGACUGGUCUGGUCGAAUGAGGAUCACAGCCAAGGGCAAAGUAGCGUUCAUCAAGCUGGAGGACAAGGUCUCAGGGGAGCUGUUUGCCCAGGCACCAGUUCAAGAGUAUCCUGGCAUAGCAGUGGAAACCGUCAGCGACUCCAGCAGAUACUUUGUUCUCCGGAUACAAGACGACAAUGGUCGCAGUGCUUUCAUUGGAGUUGGCUUCGGGGACCGAGGGGACGCCUUCGAUUUCAACGUGGCUUUGCAGGACCACUUCAAAUGGGUGAAACAGGAGACUGAAUUCAGUAAAAGUGCCCAGCUUGGCGAUUCAGGACCAAAACUGGACUUGGGCUUUAAAGAGGGACAGACCAUCACACUCAACAUAGGGCAAGGUAAAAAGAGGGAUAAACCCCGCCCUCAAGGCUCAGGUGGGUUUGGACUCCUCCCACCACCACCUGGAGGCAAGAUAGCCCCUCCUCCUUUAUCAGGCUCAUCCAAUCACAACAUAGUUCCUCAGACGGACGGCACGGCGACAGGCUGCCUGUUGGAGCUGGACACCAGUAACUCCAACACGGUGGUUCAGUCGAACCCCAGCUCAGAUCUGUGGGGAGACUUCUCUGCUCCUGCAAGCUCCGUUCCACCACCGUCUCGGCCGCAGGAAACUGGGAACUGGAUCCAGUUCUGAGUCGUCGGUUGUGACCUCCAUCUCACCUGCAUCUGUGUCUGUAGCUUCCUGUGCAUCACACUGAGAUUAACUCCCACACACUGAUCCCAAAGCAGAAACGUGAAACACCGAAGAGCUGUAGAAACAACUCAUGACAUCAUUUCUCUCAGAAAGAAUCACAGUUCUUUCUAAUGUUCUUGGCAGGAAAUGAAGCAUUAAUCUGUUAAAGCCAUGACAUGAUAUGAGCCAUUUCCACUUAUAUUUAAGGGCUAUGUGUGACGACCUGAGUUCUUCUUUUCUGUGUCUGCGUUGCCUCUCCACUAGAUGGCUCUCUGAGCAGAGCUUUGUGUUUGACCUGGCAUGUUUCUGUCUCUGCUGCAGCUCCCCUGCAGGCACUGCAGAGCGCCACAUCACUAACAGUACCAGUGUUUAAUGUGACCUGCUGUGAAUAAUGUGCACAGAGCUGCAAAAUCAAAGAAGAAAAUGGUCUUUAUGUUCUCAAAUUGGCACUUAAAUCUUAUUUUUGAUAAUUAGCCUUAAUAUUUCAAAUGGAGAGAGAUUUAAUCAUGACAUACUGCAACAGUCUGUCUAACUUAUUUGAAGAUAAACCCAAAAGAAAGAACAGUUCCUGACACAUUACACUCAUUUACCUCAUUUGCAGGAUUAGGUAGUUGAAAUUUUAGACUGAUCAGGGGAUUAAAUGACUCACUCAGUUCCACCUUCACACUGUGAAUUGCGGAGUAGUACAGCUGCGUCCAUGUGUCAACAUUUCUGUAUUUAAAACAACUAGAGCUGAUCCGAAGUGGGGUUUGAAUUUCAUAAUGAUAUAACAAGUGGAUUUAAAGAUGCAACCUCAAAGUGUUCAGGUUAGCUUUGCAUUAUGAAAACUAAAUUCUCUUAAUGCAGAUUAAAUUGCCUUUAUCACACCGUCGCCUGGUCUUUAUCCCCACAUGAAUCAGGAAUGAUCCAUUGUACAGUAUUUAGAGUGUUUAUAGAAUCACUAAGCUCACUUAAAGUGAGAAAAGAUACUGUAGGUAAGAUUUAUUCAUAGAAAUAUUCGGGGAAUGUUAACAUUCCUUCCUGGCACAUUAAAUCCAUAAAUUUAUGUUUACAGUGUGAAAUCAUAUUUGUGUUUCCUAUUGCGUGCUUCUUAUCAGCAGGUUUAUUGUUAUUGUUGUAACACUGGAAUCAGCAGCCAAAUCCAGACACGUACUAUUUCUCAGUUAUUUACAUUUGACACAUUUUCAAUGAGUUUUCUUAAGAAUUAUAUAAGCUAAGAAUUAAAUGUCAUAUUUUGCUGAAUAUGGUGGGAAAUGUUUGUCUGAUGGCAGUAAAUUAAAUUUACUGAAAUACUUUUUUAAAGACCUUCCUCACCCCAGUUAACUCACCCAUUUCCAAAACCCAGUUUUGGAUUGGAUGAAUGAAGUAAACCAGAGCAGGACUGAGGGCACAUUUAUGAAAUGAUCUGAAGUGUUGACAGAGUAAAUCUCAGCUUGGCCUUUGCAUUAACGUAUAGUAAACUGUCCAACGGAUUUAUCUUUUAGAUGCUAAGAAGAUGCUAAUAUGCUAAACUCAAAUGUUAGCCUGAGCAGAAAUAGCUUAACAUGACUUUCUCAUGUGCUCUGUGAAUUUCCACAUGAAGGAGUGGGAUUACAGAGGUGCACAUGUAAUCGAUUCAUGAAAUGCACCCGAGGCUUUUGUAUUGGCAGAUUGUUCAUUGAGCUGUUGCAAUAUAUAUGUAAUAUGUAAGUAAAUACAGUUCCAGAUGCAGAAGCUUUCCGACACAAGUCUGAGGUUCAAGAGCAGAUUCAGACAAUCUGAGGGAAAUUACUUGGAAUCUAAAGGAGUAGUUUGACAUUUUGGGUCAAUCCAAGUCCAUAUUCGUUUUUUUGAUUAGAGUUAGAUGAGUAAAUCGUGUCUGUGUAUUUAAUCUGAGGCUGGAGCCAGCAGCUGGAUAUCUUAGCUUAGCUUAGCAUAAAAGACAGCUUGCCUGGCUCUGUCCAAAGGGAACAAAAUGUGCCUAACAGCAUCUCUAAGUCUCACUAAUUAACACAUAUCUUGUUUGUUUAAAAUUCACAAAAUGUCAAACUGUCCCUUUAAUUUAUUUUGAUAUGAAAUGAUAUUCUAGCAAAAGGACAGGAUUUACCUGACGCUGUUAUCAGGCUGUGAAAUGAAAUUUAAAAAUGCUGUUUUAUUGAACCCAUGUGUGGAGUCAGAGCUGUGGACUGAUGGCACAAUAAACAAAAUGAUUGUCUUAGUUCAUCUGAUGAAUGUCUUAAUGGCAGCAAAUGAUUUGUUAAUCUUUGUGCUGAAAAAGUUUCGGCUGAUUGUGACGUUGGAUGGUGUUUACAGGAAUUUGACAUAUGAAUUGUCAUAAACAUUUUGUGACUGUGAAUUAAUUUUGUUUGCAUAUAUUUUGAAUAUUUGCUGUGAUAAAAAUCACAAACUGUAUUUGAUUGGCAUCAAGCUAUAGGGCUGAUUGAUAUGAUUUGUUGAUGUGUGUGUUGUGUUUACAUUGCUCGUAUCGCUGGCUCAAAAAUAAAAAUGUCUCCCAUUUCUCACUCAUUCCACCCUGGCUGUAAAAUCACUGGACUAACACUUUUGAUUUGUGACCAGUUUCAAGAGAAAGAGGCAAUAAAUCCUAUGAAAGGAC